GUACAUCCAAGCAUUCGGCAUUUGGUACGCUUUCGGUUAUGGUCAUACUAAUUGCAGCAAAAAAACAAAAAACAAUGCAGACGCGCACGCGAGAUUAAAAUGGAGUAUCCACAAAUUGAUUUAUACGAAUUCCUCACAGAGUCCGAACUGCAACAGUACUACAAUGCCGUCAAAAAUGAAUUGAAAAUAACGAACGCGGCUCAAUUUAAAUAUGCAGCGGAUGAGGAUUUACGUUUCAUUGGCCUCUCGAGGCCGGAAAUCCGUAGACUGCGUAAAUACUACGAGAAGCACUUCCCCCACAGUUAUCUCAGCAAGAUCAAGCGUCUGCUGCAGGCCCCCACCACGAUGGUGAGGCGGGAGGAUAGCGCCGGGGCGGCUCAAGUGUCCCCCGAUGGCAGUCCAGCCACGUCGCUGGCAGCCAAGAACGGUUCGACAUCGCCCAGCAAGGUACCCAACAACAAGCACAUCAUACCGGCCGACUCGAUCAGCGUCAACAAGCAGCUGGGCACCGGCGAGUUUGGCAUUGUGCAGCAGGGCGUCUGGACAAAUGGCAGCGAGAGGAUACAAGUGGCCAUCAAGUGCCUGUGUCGCGAGCGAAUGCAGUCGAACCCCAUGGAGUUCCUGAAGGAGGCGGCCAUCAUGCAUUCCAUCGAGCAUGAGAACAUUGUGAGGCUGUACGGUGUGGUUCUCGCCACAGAUUCGCUCAUGCUGGUCACUGAGCUGGCGCACCUGCGCUCCCUGCUCGAGUGCCUCAAGGACUCGGGACUGCGCGUCAGCUUCCUCACGAUCCCGACACUCUGCGAGUUCGCGCUGCAGAUAUGCAAUGGGAUGCGUUACCUCGAACAGAAGCGCCUCAUCCACAGGGACCUCGCGGCCAGGAACAUUCUGGUGUUCAGCAAGGACAAGGUCAAGAUAUCCGACUUCGGACUGUCGCGUGCUUUGGGCGUUGGCAAGGACUACUACAAGACCAACUUCAAUGUGAACCUAAAGCUGCCGAUUGCCUGGUGUGCCCCCGAGUGCAUCAAUUACUUGCGCUUCACCAACGCCUCCGAUGUGUGGGCCUACGGCGUGUGUCUGUGGGAGAUGUUCUCGUACGGGUUCCAGCCCUGGGCAGCCCUUACCGGCCUCCAGAUCCUGGAGGCCAUCGAUGCCCCGAACUUUCAGCGCCUGGAGCAGCCCGACUGCUGCCCCAGCGAGUACUACACUUUGAUGAUGAAGUGCUGGCAGGACGACGCGGCCAAGCGACCAAAGUUCGGCGAGAUCUACGACCAGCUGCCGGACAUGAAGCCCGAGCAGCUCAAGGCGGUGGUCAACUGCACUGAGCCGAAGAAGGAUCACCUGAUGUACCGGCAGGGCGACAUCAUCAGCGUGCUGGACCGCAAUACGGGCUCACCGUUCUGGAAGGGAGUACUCACCACCGGCAAGACCGGCUACUUCAAUCCCUCGAACACGGUGGCCUUCCUUGAGGGUCUGCCCUCCAGCUCGAAUCGCGACUCAUUUAGCCGCGCGAGCGACCAUCGCAUCAGCAAGCGCAAGCUGCGCACGGAGAUGAUUUCCAAGCCGCAGAACGAUUUCAAGCACACCGGACAUGUGGGCAUCGAUGGAGCCACCUUCGGCGACAUUGCCUUCCUGGGAAGCUCUCAAAAUUACAAUCACGUGCCCAAGCAGAUAGUCACACCGUACAAGCCAUCGGAGGAUAUUGAGCAGACGCCACUUCUGCUGCCACCGACACCGACGAGCCCCGACUCGCUGCAGACGGCUAGCGGAUACUUUCCCGAGGGGGCUGGCACCAACAGCCUGAAUCCCACAUUCAUUCCCUCCGCCGAGCACACGCCGAAGCUGAUCGCCACCAACGGGCAGAGCUCGUUUGAUUUUGCAUCCAGCGGCGGCUCCACCAAUCCCUUUUUCCUCAACAAACUGGACGACGAGCAGCUGGAGUUUGCCCUCCAACAGCAGCAGAACAACAACAUGCACACGAGGGGCGGCUCCCGCAGUGUCCUGCAGGAUGAUCCGCAUGAGUAUCACGAGAUAUCCGACGAUGAGAUGGCUGCCGAUAAGCUGGACUUUGGGCCCUCGCUGCUGGACGAGAUCAACUCGAUGUUUGGAUCGAUUAGUGGCGCGUCUGGGGGCCAGCCCAAGUCGCCAGGAUUCGAGCAGGUGAACAGCAAGAACGAGUUUGCUGAGCUGUCGGUGAAGCUGGGCCAGAAGCCGGGCGACUCAAAUGGCAACAAGCAUGGCCACGGCCACGGCCUGCUGUCCAAGAAGAAGUCCUCGGGAACGGUGAAGCCCAUCUCCGUCAAGGACGAGAAGAUGCUCAACCAUGCCAUCGAAAUAGCCAACGAGAUAAGCGCCAGAUCGAUGAUUGAUUUGGUCUCGGACCAGACACCCGCUACCCACAGCCCCAAGCGAAAGUUUAGCUUCCGAUUUCCUCACCUGAGCAACAGCAGCAGCGGCGGUGGCGACAAGGCGCACAGCUUUGGUGGCGCUGGCGGUGGCUCUGCCAGCGGAUCUGGGCAUACGCCGACGCAUGCGGGCAGUGCUUCGCCCUUCUCCAAGAAAAAGAACUUCACCGAGGAGCUGCAGAGCAUUCCGGACAUACAGCGCUUCCGCUCGCUGAGCGAGAUCAAGAACGGCACCGAUCUGCGCGUGCCCAUUUUUGACAAGGAGAGCUCCGACUUUCUGUUCCAAAAGUCGCGGGAGAUACUGAGUCGUCCGCUAAACCUGGACAGCUCCCUGGAGGGAGCCGCUGAGGAGCGGCAGGAGCCGAAGAGCAUCAGCGACAACAUCAUGGACAUUGAGAACACGCUGAAGGCCCUCAAUCUGGACUUUAUGCACACCUACACGGAGCUGGACAAGAGCGACUCAAACGACACGAUCCUCAACGAUCAGCAGCUGCCGCAGCUGAUCAGCCUCGACGAUGGCAUCAGCAGUGCCAACGGCAGCCUCAAGUCGGCUGUCUACAGCUACAGCAACGGCGUCCAGACCAUGUUCGACUUCAAUGCGGCCACCAGCCACCUGGACAAGCAUCUCCAGUACAUGCACAACCAGGCACAGAUGAGUGCCGCUGCUGCGUCGAGCGGGCAAGAGCCCAAGCUGAUGGAGGACAAGCGAUCGAGCACCCCGGACACGGGCUUCGCCUCGCGGGACACCAACAUCUCGCUGUCGCGCCGCAGCAGCCAGAAGUCGAGCUACAGUCCACAGGAGAGCUACUUUCCCAUCAAGACCGAGGUUCUGUUCAGCGCCCCUCCCGUGAUCAUGACCAGCAGCGGCUAUCCCAGCCUCAAGGACGAGCUGGGGGGCUACGAGCGAUUCGGCAAUGGUCCCACCAAACAAAUGCUGGCCUCCGCAUCGCCAAUCAAGUCGGGCACGGCCUCCGGGCUGGGCAGCAGCAGCUCCGUCUACAUGGCCUCCAAGAACUACCGCCAGCGGUCGACCUCCUUCAACGAGAGCUUCCACCCCAUCUCCCCUGUGCUUUCCGAGCCGCCCCAGCGGGUCGUCAUGCAGCGUCAGGUCAGCAGGCAGGAACAGCAGCAGCAGCUGCAACCCUCUGCUCCCCUGCCGCGUCGCACGGCCUCGUACAAGCCGCGCUCCAUUCGGGCUCGGACGAUGAGGCGUCUCAGCUACAACCCCAUGACCCUGUACUCCAGCUCCUCCAGCGGCGAGGAGGAGGAGGACCCCAAGCCCAGUCUGGCCCGCUCCGAGUGCGACAUACGAGCCAGAGUGGUGGGCGGUUCGAAUACUUCGAUGAGCAGACGCCGCCGCGCGGCUCUUAUCCGCCAGGUGCAGUCUGCCUGUCACGACGAGCGGGACGCCAUCAUAUCGCCGCGUCAGAUCUACGGCUCCAACUCCAGCAUCAAGUCCGCGCCCCACUAUAACUUUGGAGGACAGCGGGUCAGCUUCCACAGGGGCGGAUCCGCCCAUGGUCAUGUCAGCGGCGGCGGCGGGUACGAGCAGUUCCAGUACGAAGAGCGGAUCUACGACUUUGGUGGACGUGGUCCGGGCAAUAAUUACUGCAGCGGACUGCCUGGCUACCUGAUGGCCUACCAGAAGCCGAUGUGUGCGCCCAACGGAACGGAUUUGGGACCAGGACCAGGAUCAGGGUCGGGUUCUUCAUCGGCAGCCUCGUCAGCAGUGCAUGCCACCUACAGACCCACGAGCACCGGCACUAGUGGCGGAGUCGCCCUGCAGCGACCCAUGAGUGGUGGAGCGGCCCUUCAUGAGUUCGACAUUAGCAGGCUCACGGGCAAGAGUCCAACAUCAACGAAUUUCGUGGGAAGCUCACCGGAGGAGCUAAAGCAUCGACAGCUAUCGACGGGCUCUCUGCUGACGCCUGGGACCGGGACCGUGACCGGGAAGCCGAAUACGAAGCACCAGCGGCCAACGGAAUUCCACUGGCCAGAGAAGAUACACGCCUCGGCGGUGAAGCAGCACGAGAUGCACUGGAGGCAGGUGCAGCAGCAGCCGCAGAAGCAGCAGCAGCAACAGCUGCUUGCGACGAUGCCGCUUAUAAACUCUGUGGGAGCAGGCGGUAGGGCAGCGGGAUCCAGCGAUAGCUCCUCUUCCUCGAGCACAGAGAGCGGCGAUGAGUUUCAGUUUCGUCGGGAGUCGGAGCUGAAUGCACCAAGGAUUCCGCCCAGCCCGGCCCCAUAACUAAGGAAAAUGCUGAAAUAUGUUCUCAAUUUACUAUUUGGCAAUGUUCUGUCCGAUUAGAGUUCAGUUCUAUAGGAUCGAUCGAUGGCAUGGCAAGACAGGGAAAAUGGAUGGAUCUCAGGAUCCAUGGAGAGAUAAGCGGUGAAGUGUAUUGUGUAUGUGUCAGUGUGUGUGUGAUGUGUGAUGUGUGUGCGUGUGAGUGUGAGUAAGGAUAGAAAGGUUGGGGGCGGUCGGUCGGUCGGUCGGUUGGUUCGUGAAGCGGUCCGGAGGGAGCGGCAAGUAAAUUGAAGAAAUAUUUACAGCAGCGAUAAAUGCGUAUAUUUUUUGGAAUUUGAAUUUUUUGAUUCGAUAUGAAUGAGAGUAGAGAGUGUGCCUUACAGGAAAACACCGCAAGACCUCUCAGAACAGAUAAUAAUGUGCAGAGCAGCAGAACUAGCAGCAAACACAAAUAGCUUUCAAUUCAUUCCAAUACACUCCAUUAUCCACUGUCCAGUGCACCAUCAUAAUUCAGCGGUGGGCAUGUCCUUGCUCUCAACUGCUCCUCCCAAAGCGGGCACAAAAAGAACAUUUACGUUGUGUGCACGAUUAGGCAGGCAAAGGCUUGUUUUCUUGUCCACCGCUGUCACAAAUCAUCAGAUCAACAGAUUGCUUCCAUUGAUACACCGAUUCACACUUAACACAACAUUUCGAAGAAACAGGAAAUAGAGAUUAAACUAAACCAUAAACCAAAUAUUUCUAAACAAAGAUACAAACGAAAAGGCUUGACUUCCAAAUCGAAUACGAAUACGGAAACGGAAAAGGAUAUUUUAUUGUCUUUUGAGAAACCCCAAUAAGAGCUUUUGGUUGUCGAAGGAAACAGUAUUACAAGGCAAGGCAAGGAAAGGCACACAAUGAAAAAUAUACUCACAGAGGUGGAGGGACAACUCCUACUAGACAUCAGGGUACUUCCAAUUACCAAUUAUCUACGAAUGGGUUCUUCUUUUUAGAGAUAACUAUAGGUCAAACACACACACACACAUUAGAGAUCUGCGUGACUUUAACCGAAACUGAAAUGAUAGCAAAGGAUACUCCAAUUUCUCGAAUUUUUGCUUUUGUUCUGUUGCUUAUAUUUCAAUGUGGUUCACUGCUUUCGUUUCACAUUCAUGCAGGCCUCUAACACACGAUAAACACAACACAGUCACAAGUACAUACACUUUGACAAUCGUCAGAAAGAAACAAAACAAAACUACAACCAACAACCAAUAAUAAUUGUCCAUACCAAGAGGUACUACUACUCCCGAGAGCCAUAUUAUGUGCCAUAUCCUGAUGCUUGCAUUUUUAUGAAACCAGAGGAGGAGACAAGUGAAGAGCCCCC